GAAAUCCUCCUUUGUGGGAGACUGGCUGGCACUGUGCAUUGGGAGGAGUGUCAUUCUUCUCUGGGGUUCACGACGGAGCAGGAGGGAGCAAGCGGAGGCCUUCCAGAGUUAGUAGUGGGUUCCAGAGGAGACAGGACAAGAGCUCUGGAUACCCCCUGGGCUUACACUACUGCUGCUGAGUGGCUGGAUCAAGAAGAGGAGUAUACUGAAGACCAGAUGGGAGCUGGGGCCAGCGCAGAAGAGAAGCACUCGCGGGAGCUAGAGAAGAAGCUCAAGGAAGAUGCCGAGAAAGAUGCCAGGACAGUCAAGCUGCUCCUACUGGGAGCUGGUGAAUCUGGAAAGAGUACAAUCGUUAAGCAAAUGAAAAUUAUCCACCAAGAUGGUUACUCCCUGGAAGAGUGCUUGGAGUUCAUCACCAUCAUUUACAGCAACACUCUGCAGUCCAUAUUGGCCAUUGUGCGUGCCAUGAAUACGCUGAACAUCCAGUAUGGGGACUCAGCCAAGCAGGAUGAUGCCCGUAAGCUGCUCCACUUGUCUGACACUAUCGAGGAGGGUACCAUGCCCAAAGAGAUGUCUGAUAUCAUCAUCCGCCUCUGGAAGGACACUGGCAUCCAGGCCUGUUUCGACCGCGCCUCUGAGUACCAGCUGAAUGACUCAGCCGGCUAUUACCUGAAUGACCUGGAACGUCUGGUCACCCCUGGCUACGUCCCCACAGAGCAGGACGUACUGCGCUCCCGAGUCAAGACCACCGGUAUCAUCGAGACCCAGUUUGGCUUCAAGGAUCUCAAUUUCAGGAUGUUUGAUGUAGGUGGCCAGCGCUCAGAGAGGAAGAAGUGGAUUCACUGCUUUGAAGGGGUCACAUGCAUCAUCUUCAUCGCUGCCCUCAGCGCCUACGAUAUGGUCCUGGUGGAGGAUGAUGAAGUGAACCGCAUGCACGAGAGUCUGCACCUCUUCAACAGCAUCUGCAACCACCGCUACUUCGCCACCACCUCCAUCGUCCUUUUCCUCAACAAGAAGGACGUCUUUACAGAGAAGAUCAAGAAGGCUCACCUCAGCAUCUGCUUCCCGGACUAUGAUGGACCCAAUACAUAUGAGGAUGCAGGCAACUACAUCAAGGUGCAAUUCCUGGAGCUGAACAUGCGCAGGGACGUGAAAGAAAUCUACUCGCACAUGACCUGUGCUACUGAUACUGAGAACGUCAAGUUCGUAUUCGAUGCCGUUACCGACAUUAUCAUCAAAGAGAACCUCAAAGACUGCGGUCUCUUCUGAGCCCAGGCCUCCUGGGGCCAUGACGACGUCUUACCAAGAGCACAGACAGCAUCUCCUGGACCCAGCAGCUGAGGGCUUCUGCCUCAGCUCUUCCCCUACAUAGCACAGUGUGGAGACCAACCCCUGCGCUGACACCAGCACCCUCACCUGCACUGCACAGCACUGCAUUGGACAGGCAGGACCAGGCCCAACCCUGCACUGCCACUGCCACCCCCACCCCUGCCCCACACUUUACAGUAGGGGGGAUCCACCCCUUUCUCAGCACUGACAGGCUAUUUCUGGUACCUUCUUUUACAAUGAUCCAGAUGCCGAGGAGGUGCUGCUAGAGCCAACCCAGCUGUGCAGGGAGGGUGCAUGUGUGGCAUCUGUGCUAAGUAGUGACCCCCCCCCCCCCCCAACUCCCCACGCAGAAAUUAGCUCUCAUGCACAGUGCCCCCUAUUGCAGCACUCCCACACCUCCUGUGCUGCUGUCCACUCUGGUUUUCUUUCCCCUGUUGUGAUCCUGGCACAGCUGCCCACUCAUAUGGCCAGUGAAACAGCCCAUCCCCAAGCAUUCCCUUCAGAGCUCUGAUUGCACCCUUGGGGACAUCCCAUCUGGAGCAGUUCAGCUGUGGCGGCUAAGAUGAGCCCCAGCUAUGGCUUGUCGGUCUGUCUGACUACCCACAUUUGGCCCCUGGGAUGCACCAAGGUCAUCUUGUCCAGGUUGCUUGGUGGCACCUACUCCUUCCACUCUGUAGCAGAGGACCCCCUGCCCUGGGCUUCCCACCCCCAGCCCCUAGGUGAAGAAAUGUCUCCCACGUGACCAAGGCUUGAGAUGUGGUCACCUCCUUUCCCCUCCAGUCCUCUUCGUCUUGCCCCAAAGAGGAAGGGGCCAAGCAGCACUCUGUGCUCAGGAGGACGGACAGAUGCCAACACUAGGGAUGGGAGGCAACAGCAACAGCAGCCCCCUGGUCUGUAUCCACAGCUGGGCCAGCUUCUAGCCACUUGCCAACUAGCCCAGCUGACCCCAGAGAGGCAGCUGGGUUGAUGCAGUAUGAAUUACUGGAUGAACUUGCCCACUGGAGAGAAUUUAGUGCUUGGUGCCCCCCACCCUUGCAAAGCACUGGCCCUACUCUAGGGCCAGAGGAAGCAGCAGCAAAGGGCUCCACUACAGGGGUGCUGCUGUGCCCAGAACCCAUUUACCCCUGAUCUCUCAACUGAGAUUCCCAUUGCCAUGUGGAUCCUUGUCCACGUGAACUUGGACCAAGCCUUCCCCCUCCAUUCACCCACCCUCAGGCUCUGGGAAGGGGUGAGUGGCAGUGGGUCCAGCUCUGGCCAGGGUAUGGUACCACAGCUGGUGACAUCCCCCCUGCCUCCAGGCUGGGAAAGAGCUAGAGCCCACCCACAUCGCUCUUAGGCUCAGAGGAAUAUUUUGCAAUAUGCCAGGGGGUGUGGGAAGGGGUGAAUCCUCUGCUCCUGGUGCUUUGUGAUUUCAGCUGAUUCUUGACCCCCCACCCCCCUUUAGGGCAGGGCCCUGGCACGUCACACUCCAUCGCACCCCACUUGUCCAGAGACAGCUCCUUGUCAACCCCACCACCAAUCAUCACACACCCUUCCGUGUGCAAACAUUUGUCUUCACCUCCUGGUCACAGGGAGGCAGGUCACUCUUGGCAGGCAGAUCCCUUGCUUUCUAGAAGGCUCUCUUGGCUAUUAGCAUCCCUCCCCUACUCUACCCCUGCAUGGGCAGAGUUAAAGGGAAACAGCCUGCUUAGAAAUCUCCCCACAGCUGGAGCACUGAAAAGGGAACACAGCUCCCUGCAUGCCUGAGCCCAGGACAUUGUUUGCAGUGGACUGUGGUGUAGCCUAGCUUCCUGUGUACGCAGCGAUGGCUUCAGCUUUCCCACCAGAUUUCUGCUGGUUCUGGGUCUGGAACGUUUCACCACAGUGGCAAUUGGGCGAGAUUUAAAAUAAAGUAUCUUUCAGGCAUAUGGGGGUGGGGGUGGAAUUGUCUGUUGUGUCCAGUGAAUCCUUGUCCCCUUGUCUCCUAGCAAAUGUACUCUGCUGCAUAACAUUUUCCUGGCAUGAAGCGCUGGUGCCCGCGAUCCUGUAAGCAUAUCCAGACAGCACUGCAGCCAGUUCGUUUUCUACCUGGGAUUAUAUCACAUCAGAUUUAUGAAUAAAAAGAUUUAGCAACA